AUUACAUAUUAAUUUUUCAAAACUAAACACCAAAUCACUAACUUUAAUCACAAGAAGAUGAGUAAAAUCACUAUCCACAAAAACUAAAUCCGUGAGCUCUCACUGUUCUUUGGCAAACUGUCUUUUUCCUUUUUCCUACUGAGUACUGUAAUAAUAAUCACACAAAAACCCUGCUCAUUUUAUUUCUUCUCUAAUAAAAACCUCAACAAACUUACCAAAAAUUCAUUCCCCACUAAUUAUUUAUCACUCCCAACUGAAUUACACACUUAAUAAAUGCUACUCUGCAGUUAAAAUCAUCCUCGUAACUUAAAGCUUCAAAUUCAAGAUUCUUUUGCUUGCUUGCUCCAAACGUUAAACCCAGCAAAUCCCAAUUUUUUGAAGAUCUACAAAUUAGUUGGUGAUUUUUCCUAAGAUUCAAAGCACAUUGCUGAAAUUGGGAGAAGUAGGAGCUGAUUUUUGGGUCAUUUGAAGAAAACCCAGUUCAAAUUUUUUAGCUAAUUGUUUGGACUUUGAACUUUCAGAGGGUUACAUAAAAUUAGUCAAAUGGUCUUCCCUUUAUGACACUCUGAUUGUCAAGAAUGUCAAGGGCUACAAAGUGGAAACCUGACAAAGCCAAAGUAAAAGUUGUAUUUCGACUUCAAUUCCAUGCUACACAUAUCUCACAAACUGGAUGGAAUAAUUUAUUCAUUUCAUUAGUUCCGGCUGAUUCUGGCAAGGCAACAGCAAAGACUAACAAAGGCAAUGUUAGAAAUGGCUCUUGCAAAUGGGCAGAUCCUAUUUAUGAAAGCACAAGACUUCUCCAAGACGCUAAAACAAAACAAUUUGAAGAUAAAGUUUACAAACUUCUUGUGGCAAUGGGAACAUCACGGUCUAGUCUCCUUGGUGAAGCUAGCAUAAAUCUUUCUGACUAUGUUGAUGCGUUGAAGCCCACGCUUAUUGCAUUGCCCCUCCAGGGGUCUGAUUCUGGAGCUAUAUUACAUGUUACAGUGCAGCUUUUGACUUCUAAAACUGGUUUCAGGGAAUUUGAACAGCAGAGGGAAGUUAGUGACAGAGGGUUCCAGACAAACACUGAUCAUGAUAGUGGAAAACUGCCUACACCAGGGGAUGUGGUGAUUUCUCGUACUGAUAAGGUGAACCCAAGACUUAAACCGAAGCCAGAACCUAAAGAGCUGCCAUCACUUGAAGAAGAAUCAGGCAUCAGUGAGGAGUAUGCAGACUCAGCUGCUGGCUUUGAUGGAUCAUCCAAUACUUCAGGAAGUUUGAGUGCAGAAAAGCAUGAAAAAUCUAGCACUCGGGAAAUCGACAGUGUCAAAAGCACAGUCUCUGGUGAUCCUGGAGGAGUUUCUCCGACUCAAAGCUCUAGAACUGAGAAAGGGGCAUCUGAUCAUCAGUUUUUGGUGCAUGGUACCAGCGACUGGAUCCCUCGGUGGGGUGCAGAAAACUCAACUGACGACGAAAUGGCAAUGGUUUAUGAGGAAAACAGCAGACUUAGGGGAGCCUUGGAAGCAGCUGAUAUGUCUAUCCAUGAGCUUAGGCGGGAAAUAAGCUCUGUACAAAGUUAUGCUGAUGAAAUAGGUGUUGAAGCACAGAACAUAACAAAAAAUUUGGCAAUUGAGAUUUCUGCAGACCAGGAACUGGUGAAAGAGGUAUCUUUGCUCAAAUCAGAGUGUUCUAGGUUGAAACAUGAUCUUGAAUGGCUAAAGAAUAUAAAGAUGAAUCCUCCCAUUUCUAAAAGAACUGUAGAAGCAGAUCAGUACAAUUUAAUGCAAGAUAUGAGGCUGAGAUGGCUGCAGGCUAUUUCAGUUGUGGAGGAUAAAAUGAGAGAAGUUCAGGAAAAGGUGCAUAUUGAGAAGGAUUCAGCACUUCUGCACACAGAUCUGGAGGCAUUGUUCAAUAUCUUGCAAGAUCUCAAACAUGGAAUUGAGGGUUCUAUUUGUCCGCUUGGUGGAUUAUCAAUUGGAAAAGUAAAGACAAAUGCUAGUGGAAUGAGUUCUCCUAAAACUGAUCAUGUCAUGUCAGAUACUGGUCUAGGUGUUGAGUUGUGUCAUCCAGAAGGUGUACUUUUACCAGGGCUGCUGGCUCCCGGGACCGGUUCUGCGGAUGCCACAAAUGCAAUGCAAGGAGAAAUCUUUAAACUUCUGAGGGAGUUGGAUGAAUCCAAAGCUGAACGGGAUUGCCUCAUGAGAAAGAUGGAUCAGAUGGAAUGUUAUUAUGAAGCACUUAUUCAAGAGCUGGAGGAAAACCAGAAGCAGAUACUUGGUGAAUUGCAGAAUCUCAGAAAUGAACAUUCUUCGUGCAUAUACACUGUUUCAUCCACUAAGGCUCAGAUGGAAGCAAUGCAUUUACAGAUGAAUAAUGAGCUGCUACAGCUUGCCGAGGAGAGAUGCAACUUGGAUGCAGUUAACAAAGAGCUUGAGAAAAGAGCUCUUUCAUCAGAAUCAGCACUGAGAAGGGCAAGAUUAAAUUACUCAAUUGCUGUAACCCACUUACAAAAGGACCUUGAAAUACUUUCUUCGCAGGUUCAUUCUAUGUAUGAGACAAAUGAAAACCUCAUACAUAGAACUUUUUCAGAAGCUACACAGCCAUUUCUUCAGGGGUGUCAAGAUGCUGCGCCAAGUGACCUUGCUAAUGGCUCUGACACUGACAAAUUAAUGACGUCCCAAAGUAAUAUUAUGGGUGUCAAAAAUCAGCUGUUGGGAAGUGAUAGACUCUUGGAUGACUUAAAGAGGUCCGUGGCAUUGCAGGAAAACCUGUAUGGGAAGAUACAGGAAGAACUUUUUGAAAUGCAUCUAGCAAAUGUACAUCUUGAUGUCUUCUCAGUGACGUUACGUGAAGCUUUAGUAGAAUCGGCUUUGGGGAGUACAUUCUCAGAGGCAGAGGUGCAUGAAUUUGCAAAGCAGCUGGAGCUUUCAUCACGGGCCAAUGAAUCUCUGGAACUGAAAUUGCAAAAUUUGAUAGAUGAGGUACGUAAUCUCAGUGAGGAAAAGGCUAUUUUUGUUUCAAGGUGCAAUGACCUUGCUUUAGAGAAUGGGAAUCUGGAAGCAAAUUUGAGGAGCAUUUCUGCUGAAAAGAUUGCUCUUGAUGAGAAAAUUGGAGAAAUGGAGAUUCUGUUAGCUGACUACAAAAGUUACCAAAGCAAUUAUGAAGAUUGUAAUGCUGAAAAGAUAAAGUUAGCAACUCUGCUGGAGCGAGCUGCUGCUGAGAAGCAAAAUCUUUCGAGUGAAAUUUCUUUGUUUCAGGAAGAACUGAUGAGCAUGAAGAGCCAAGUCAGGGCAAAGGAAUAUUUGCAGAGUAUAGUUGAUUAUCUUCGUGAAAAAUUGGAGAAUUUAUUGGCAUAUGGGAAUAAACGAGUUGAUGAUUGGGUUUCCUGCAGCAAAACCGAGGAAGAUAACUCAGAGCUUGAGAAGUUUACGAGUAUUAUAUUGCAGCUGGAAGAGUGUCAGCAGAAGCUCCAUGAUAAAAUCCUCCUACUUUCGAAAGAGAAAGAAGAUCUGCUGAAUGAACGCGAUAGUGCUAAGCACUCUUUAACCAGUGUAAAAUCAGAAGUUAAGAUUGUGACGCAGAAAUUGAAGUGUGAUAUAGGAGAUAUGGUUUAUAAAAUAGAUGCAUCUAGUACUCUUGUGGAGAAACUUCAAAAAAAUCUUGAGGUGAUUGGUGAUAAACUCAAUCUUAGCUCAGAGGCAGAGGAAAAAUAUACAAGGAUGACCCAAGAUCUUCUGUCUGAUUUUGCUAAGAUGGACACUGCACUACUGGAACUUACUUCCAAGAACAAUGAUCUGGCUGCAGAAAUAAUGGCUUUAGGAGAUGUUAAAAAUGAGCUAGAGGGAGAUAAAUUGACUAUAGAUAGAAUAACACAAGAAAACCGGAGCCUAACUGAAUCGUUAUGUAAUAAGACCAACGAAUCUGGUAUGCUUACGUUAGAGGUCAAUAAGUUAACAGGAGCUGUGGGGAGCUUGCAGGAUGAGUUGUCUCUUCAAAGGGGCUUACGAGAUCAACUCAUGGCUGAUGUGUUGAAUCUGAAUACUCAGUUGAAGGAGACAUACCAGAAAUUGACCCAUCUUGAACAGGAAAAUGCUGAAAUGAGCCAAUUGAAAUGCAAGCUGUCAGACAUGGAAUCAGAAAAAUCAAGUCUCUACCAUCAGCUAUCGAAUUUCGAAGAGCAGUUAAAGAAAGUGGCAGAGGGAUCCUCUGCUGAUUUAGAAGUUAAGCUACUGGAUAUGCAUGCAAUUGUAAUAGCCUCUGAUGUUACGUGUACAGUUGUUAUGAAGCAGUAUCAGGGCCAUGUUGAAGCACUCCUACGUCAUCUGGAGUACUUGAAUCAAUAUCUCCUACAGGUUAACAACCAGAAUCUUGAUCUCACUUCCAGGCUCCAUGACUGUGUAGCUAGCAAACAUAUAUUUUCUGAAGAAAAUGCUAAAUUGCUGUCAACUCUUGAAUCUUUAAGAUCUGAGUCAGAUUCUUAUGAUGCGUUGAACAAAGCUCUUGAACAUACCAAUAGUGUUAUAGCUGCUGAACUCGAAGAAUACAAGAAGAAGAGUGAUCUUUUGGACACAAGGUAUGCAAAAGCUAAAAUUGAACACAAAUUUGAUGUUGAAGAGCUUAAAUGCUUGCUUGGAAGUUGUCAAAAAGAGAGUGACAAUAUGAUUGUCUUAAAUGAAGAGCUGGAGAUCAGGUUUCUGGUGCUGAAAGCAUUACUGAAUGAGAUGACUGCUCAUAGAAAUUUUCACGAAGCAGAAUGUAAAGAAGAACUGACAAUGCUGCAGAAACAGUGCUUUGAUCUUACUCGUAAGCUCUCUGAACAGGUUUUGAAGACAGAGGAGUUCAAGAACUUGUCCAUACAUCUAAAGGAGCUUAAAGACAAAGCUGAUGCUGGGCAUCUUCAAGCUCGUGAAAAGAAAGAAGCUGAAGGAUCUUCAGUUGCUAUGCAAGAAUCUUUGAGAAUAGCAUUUAUUAAAGAGCAAUAUGAAUCUAAGAUACAAGAAGUUCGACAGCAACUGGCUAUUUCCAAGAAGCAUGGUGAAGAGAUGCUCUGGAAAUUACAGGAUGCUCUUGAUGAUAUUGAGAAUAGGAAAAAAUCUGAAGCAUCUCAAUUAAAACAAAAUGAAGAACUGCUCUUGAAGAUUACUGAGUUAGAGGCCGAGUUACAGUCAGUGCUCUCAGAUAAUCGCGAAAGGUUUAUGGCAUAUGAGCAGCUAAAGGCGGAGUUAGACUGCUCAGUUAUGAGUCUAGAUUGCUGCAAGGAAGAAAAAAAGCUGCUUAUGGCAUCUUUACAGGAAACGAAUGUUGAAAAAACUAAAUUGGCUGAUGAAGUUGAAUUGAUGAGAGAACAGAUAGAGAAUCUCAAAGCAUUCAUGACAAGUCCCAAAAACAAUGAGAAUGGGUGUCGUAUACUGCAGAAGGGUUUGUGUGAGCCACCUAAUGUGGAGAAUUCGGUGAAGAAUUCAAUUUUAAGUAGGGAAGAAGUCCUGGAUAAGGGAAUUUCAAGUAAUUCCUGGGAUGAUGAGGCUAAUUACUUGUCUCAAUUUGUAACUAUGGAAAUUGGAAGGGAGGAUGGAGAAUCUAUGAAUCUGUCAGAAGUACAGUAUAUGCAGGAUGAUUUGGUAACAAAAGCUACAAAGGACCCUUCAGGGGUAACAACAAACCAAAAUGAUAAUGAUUCAGCGCACGUUGCCUUUAUCAACGACCAGCUGAAAGCACAAAGUUUAUUGUCAACUAUGGACCGCUUGCAGAAGGAGUUAGAACGUAUGAGAAACGAAAAUACACUUUUUUUAGAUGAAAACUCAGACGAACCAGACUGUGAAGGAUUACGAAAAGAGCAAGGGCAUCUAGAGGAGGUUACCAAGGAACUUGGUAAUAUGUCUUCCCUAUAUAAUGAUUUUUCAAGAAGUGGGAAUUCGGUAGAGAGAGUGCUAGCUUUAGAACUGGAACUUGCUGAGGCCUUGCAGGCCAAGAAAAAGUCGACCAUCCAAUUUCAGAGUUCUUUCUUGAAGCUACACACUGAUGAAGCUGCAGUAUUCCAAAGCUUCAGAGACAUAAAUGAGUUGAUUAAAGACAUGUUGGAGAUGAAGGAAAGAUACAGUGCUAUGGAGUCGGAACUGAAAGAAAUGCAUGAACGGUAUUCUCAACUGAGCCUGGACUUUGCUGAGGUUGAAGGAGAGAGACAAAAGCUUACAAUGACGCUAAAAAACGUGCGUUCACCGAAAAAGCACAUAAGUCGGUCUCAAUCGUCCAGCCAUGAGGAUUCAUCUUCUUGAUCUUUCACAAAAUUUUGUUAUAGCUAGUUCAUUAUCCAUUUCGAUUAUAUGAGCAGUGAAUCAACAGUAUCAACCAGUUGCGUUGGUAAGGGGUUCAAGAGAUCAGGAAUGAAGCAUGGAUUACUGUAGGGGAAGUACACUCAUGCUUGUGUAAAUAGCGAGCAUUGUAUAAUGUCUUCAUUAUAGGUUAGAUUAAUAUUUGCCCAGAUGUUCUUUGAGGGCUGUCACAUAGGUAAUAUCGGGAAUUAUUUACCGGUAUUUAUGUAUCCAUAUAUGUAUGUAUAGAAAGUGUAGUAAACCAUCUAGUUGUUGAAUGAUAAAUUUUGGCUGCAUCAAUAUUUAAUGAGAUUCAUAUUCGAGCAAA